AUGUCCGCUAACCAUGAAGAGCUUAUCGAAGAACUAGAUGCCGUAGAAGCAAUCUAUCCGGACUUACUACUCAAAAGGAUUGAUGAUUCGGGUCUCAUUCAAGUGAAAGUAUCACAGCAUGAAUAUAUUACGCUACAAAUAUCAUUUCCAGCAAAAUACCCAUCCGAUGAGCCACCACAUCUGUUAGAAGUGAGUGUAUCGAAUUCAGCCCCAGGUGGUGCAGAUUUGUAUGAUAUCAAAUAUUUACAACAAUUAUUUCAAGAAGUCCUAGAAUCGGUGCACCAUAAAGGAGCAGUGUGUCUCUUUGAUUUCCUUACUGAAUUAGAUGGUAUACUUUAUAUGGAAGAAGAAGAAACUCAAGAAGUUACAAAUGAGCAAACAAAUCAAGAACUAAUACAGAUAGACCCAUUUGAAGGUUGGGUUAGCUCGGAUCCAAUAACUGAUAGAGGCUCUACAUUUAUGGCGUUUGCCGCAAAGGUGAACUCAGAGGAGGAAGCAUUUGCACUUUUGGAACAAUUGAAGACAGAUCAUAAGAUUCGAAAGGCUAACCAUGUUAUGAGUGCAUGGAGGAUAAAAAACAAUGAUCUUGUGUUCCAGGAUUCCGAUGAUGAUGGAGAAACGGCAGCUGGUUCAAGAAUGUUGCAUUUAAUAACUAUUAUGGAUGUAUGGAAUGUUAUUGUCGUAGUAGCACGUUGGUUUGGUGGUGUUCAUAUCGGUCCGGAUAGAUUCAAACAUAUUAACUCGACAGCUAGGGAAGCGGUGUUAAAAGCUGGCUUUGAAAGGGCAAAUUAA